AUGUUAAUAAACUUGGUUUUUAGUUUUUGCUGUGUAACUAACUAUAAUGGAGAAAUAGUUUAUUUAAUAAAUGAUUAUAGUGAUAGUAAACUACCUAGCAAAUGGAUCAAUAUACCAAAGUAUUUAAAAUAUAAUUGCGUAGAUAAAUGGAAUCUCGAUUAUUUUGAGUAUUGUUUUGUAGGCAAUUCAUUAUAUCCUGAGAACUAUUGCGUUUUGGAAUCUUCUAUUCAAAAUCUAAGUAAUGUCAGCAAUGUUUUCAUUAAUAUCACUAUAAAAACAAAAACAUGCCAAUAUCGAAAAAUUAAAGAACUUAACUGCUCCAAUUUUCUUAAUUUGUCAAUAAGUAAUGGAGAAAAUGAAAUUAUGCAAGUUAGUUUACCGGGUAUUACUGUUCCAGUAGAAUACCAAGAUCAGUAUUGGUUAAGCAAUGAUUUAAUUGUUUCUGAUGUUAUAAACAAAAGUACAAUCCAAUUAAAGUUUAUUUCUCAUAAUUAUUGUGGAGUUCUUCUUAAUGUGUCUGUUUUUUAUUAUAAGUGUCCAAAUAAAACAAUUCAAUUGGUUAAUUUUCCAAAUAGUCCAGCUCCAAGUUUAAACAACUCUCCAUUUAAAAUAAAAGGUGUUUGUUCUAAAAAUGCUGUUACUUAUGGGACUAUAAACCCUUACAUGAAUUGUUACUCUAAUGGCAGUUAUAUUUUGUUUGGCGAAUGUUGGUGCAAAGAAGGCUAUGAAAAAAAUGACCUUGAUUGUGAAGCAUGCAAAGAUGGAUAUUUUAAGAAUAAAGUUGGAAACAAUAUAUGUGAAAAGUGUAGUUUAAAUUCAAAAUCUGUACUGGGUACUUCAUGCAUAUGUAAUGAAGGAUUUUACAGAUUUCAGGGAAACGAAAAUAAUAGUGCAGCAAUAUGCUACAAAGCACCAUCUCGAGUACAAAAUGUAACAGUACAUAAUAUUACAGUACAAUCAGCUACACUGUCAUGGAUGAUUCCAACAGACCAUUUUGUUGACUAUUUCUAUAUAAAUUGCACAAACUGUCCUUCACAAAAUUUUACACUAAGACAUACGUUACAAACUUGCAUUUUUAUUGAUGGGUUAGAUUCAUAUACAAAAUACAAUGUUGUAAUAGAAAGCAGAAAUAAUGUAUCAGCAUUGAUUGGAAAAGUUAUUAGCACUUAUGUUCAAUUCAAAACUAAGAUAAAAGCACCUGGUUCAGUGCAAGAUGUAGUUACAAAUGUUAACAGUGAUCGUUCUGUUACAAUAAUUUGGAAAUCUCCACAUUGGAAAGGAGAUAAAAAGUUGAAAUAUAAAGUGAAAUAUAAUGGAAAUGAAUUUAUUAUCUCUGAGACACAUUACACAAUAAGUUCUUCUUCUACAGAUAAAUCUUUCACUGUUGAGAUUGCAGGUUAUUUUAUUGAUGAUGAUGGAAACCAGCUCAAUGGAUUUGUUUACAAAAAACUUAUUUUCUUAAAAGGUCAAAGUAAACUCUCUGCUGUAUUUGGUACAGUUGGUGGUGUGAUUGGAUUAAUUGCUAUAGUUAUGGUUGUUGUUUUGAUUGUUUGGAGAAAAAAGCAUCCUUUAUACUUACAAGCUGUCAGAAUGGAAGAUGGAACUGUAAGAAUAGAGGGAAAUCAUUUUCUAAAUCGUGGAAGAUUAUAUAUUGAUCCUAACACAUAUGAUUGUGUUGAUGAUGCUGUACAAGAAUUUGCAAAUGAACUUGACAACAAAAAUCUUGAAGUUGGAAAUUUUUUAGGUGGUGGAGAGUUUGCAGAUGUAUAUAAAGGAACUUUACUUAAAAAUGAAAAACGCAUUGAUGUUGCUAUUAAAAUGCUCAAGCAUGGUGCAUCUAAGCAUGAUCGUGAUGACUUCUUAGGUGAAGCUGCCAUUUUAGGGCAGUUCACUGAUUACAAUGUUAUUUUGUUACAAGGUGUUGUGUUUAAAGAAAAACCAAAUUUAAUUGUUCUUGAAUUUAUGGCAAAUGGUUCAUUGGAUAAGUUUUUACAAAAAAAUGAUAUGCAGUUUAGUAUACUACAACUUCUUGGAAUGGCGCGUGGUGUGGCAAGUGGGAUGAAAUGUCUCUCUGAGAUGGGUUUUAUACAUAGAGAUCUUGCUGCACGCAACAUAUUAGUUGAUGAGAGUUUUUGCUGUAAGGUUGCAGAUUUUGGAAUGAGUCGUAAAAUCAAUGUGGAUGAUACCUAUGACACUAAAGGUGGUAAAGUACCAGUUCGUUGGACAGCACCUGAAUCUAUUCAGUUUAAAAAGUUUACAAGCGCUUCAGAUAUGUGGUCUUAUGGUGUACUUUUAUGGGAAAUUAUGUCAUAUGGUGAGAGACCAUACUGGGACUGGGGAAAUUAUGAAGUUGUUGAAAGAGUUAAUACUGGAUAUAGACUACCGCCUCCAAUGGGUUGUCCUAAGGUUGUCCAUAAUCUUAUGUUGGAAUGCUGGAAUAAAGAUCGGUCUAUGCGACCAAGGUUUUCUGGUGUAGUGUCAAUGCUUGAGAGUUGGAUUCGAGCUCCAAACUUGUUAUCAGAGAAAGCAUUAUCUGUGGUCCAAAAAAAUGAUGAAAAAUUAGAUUAUACAAUUUUACAGUCAAUAACCAAAUGGCUGGAAGCUAUUGGAAUGGAGAAAUACGCAAACAAUUUUCUGGAAAAAGGCUUUGCAACUCCUCGACAAAUAUUAAAUGUUUCGUUUGAAGAUCUUCUUAAAUUAGAAAUUGAACCAAUUGGUCAUCGCAAGAAAAUUUACAAAGCCAUUCAAAACACUAAAGUUCAGAUUGAAGCUGUUAAAGUCAAUAAAUACGCUCUGGUAAAUUGA